AUGACCGAUUUUGGGGUCCUAAGUACUGUUGGUGAGAUCGUCGCUGGCCCUCGUCGCCUCGUUGUAAAUUUUUCGGGUGUUGACACGGAUAUAACACCAAAGCCCGUCAAAGACGGGUACACUACAACAGCCAGGCCAACGUAUGAUCUAGUCUUCCGUCGAUUUGCACAGGCUCACGCUUAUGAGUACGUGAUUGGCGAUGCCACUUUCAGAAGACGGGAGAAAAAGCCGAAAAACGACAGACACCAACAAGGAAAGCAGCAGACACCAAGAUCAAGAAAAGCACAGACACACGCUAUUACGAUGGUGUCUCUGAGGUUUCGACACAUCAGCUUUGUUGACUUCAUGAUGGCGUUUAACUUCGUCAGGCGUUCAAGUUUAUUGAAUAUGGCGUGGGCGAGAGUACAUACUGCAGUGCACUGGUUAUACCCAACAGAAAACCCAGUGUGAACCCGCCUCUCGCUCUCCCAUGCCUUUCUCUUCUCGAAGAUCAGCCCAUCCUCUUAUAUCGCUCUCUCUACUAGUUGUGAUAUCUGGAACAGACGCGAAAACAAUGAAAACGAGAGAAGGAGCCGAAGAAACAGCAGAGACAGCAAACGUCGAAAGGGGCACAAAAGAAGACUAGCACUGACAACGCACGACUCCUCAAACCCAUCCACCGUUUAACCAACUUAAAUUUUAAUAACUUUACAAUAUUUAAAUCCCAUCUUGUAUCUAACCACACAAAUAUUGUACAAAUAGUUUCAGGCCACAUGUUCUGCCAAACAACCAAUUAACACUAAUUAAUAACUAAACACCGAUCAAUGACAUUUUUUAAACGCACCUUUAAGAGUGCUCCAACGAGUCGUUGUGCACACCGGGUAGUGUGGAUCUUGUUUGUAUGAAUGAUUUUGUAUUUAAUAUGUGUUUCAAGUUCAUAUUGCCUACAUUAUGUUCUCGAACACCCUCCUUGCUACUCGAACAUACUCCAGGAGGCUGCCAUGUUUAUAUUAAUAGUUACGACGUACUACCAUUCGAUAUCUAUGUAUUAUUUCAUGACAAUAAACGAA